UCGACCUAGUCACUGCACUGUCACUGUUGUAGUGUAGUGUCAAAGUAAAGUCACAGACAACAGACAGACGAGCCAAUGUCAAAUUGUCAAUGUAAUUUUGUAAACUCAACAAUAUGCUGGAUUUUGCAAUGCAAAUAUUAGAAGAGUUUCCAUUUCUUAUCCCAUCUCAUGACUUCACAAAGUGGACUGGAAUAAUAAAUGUUGAGGAAGAUGAAGUACCUUUAACAUUAGCAGUGCCCAACUUUCCAAACACUGAAAAAAUCAGCCUGUUAUGUCCAACACAGUGGCAAGAAAAACUACAACUGAAAUUAAAAAAUUAUAGAGGAAAGGAUGAACUAAUUAAUUUACUAAGCUCCUUAAAAGAAGAUGGGACAAACAGUCCUAAUUUAAAGGUUGGUCUGGACAGUGCUGUGAUGGUGGAGGUGUAUGCUAGAGUGUUGACAGAGCUUCGGCAGGUAGGCAGUAAGGCUGUUGUAGACUGCAGUGCAGACCUCAGUAGAGUCACCCUGCAUGUGACAGACACACGAGGGGUAGACCAUCAGCUUAUAGUGGGACUCUCAGUUGACUACCCUACCUCCCCAGCCACUGUGGUGGACGCAGACCUGCCUGAUGUUGUCUUGGGUCAGCUCUUUCAGGCAAGGACUGUUUUAGAAAUAAUGACUUCUUUUGAAAAACUAGUAGAAUUGUUACAAGAUUUCUGGAUUGUAUAUGAAGAGCUUAAAAGGAGCACUUGGAUAGUUGAUCCUGAAAAUCCUCGCCUAAAAGAUACUCAUUGCAGGAUCGUUGUUGGUGAGAAUGUAUCAAUGUUAGUAACAUUGAACCCACAAGAUACAAGCAGCUGCCCUGAUUUAAAGUUCUUGGGUCCUGAUAACUUGGUUACACUCUUCAUUAACUCAGUUGAAAAUAAUUUAAAAACUAAAGGUUGGGACGAGGAUGCAGGAGUGUGUACUAACCUGCUGAGGAUUCUUGGAUUGACACAGUUCCCUCAGCGUGACAUAGACACUGAGGUAGACACAACCCAAGGAGAGUGUUCCAUUUGCUUCACUGUGCGAUCAGGCGAUGAUAUGUCCCUGGCCAUCAAGGUGUGCAACAACACUUGCUGUGACUCUUACUUCCACAUAUCUUGUUUGGCACAGUGGUUUCAAUCUGUACCCACCAACGAAGCAAGUUUCAAACUUAUAUCCGGUGUCUGCCCAUCUUGUGGAGAGAAGAUCUUAUGUCCUAUAGCAGUCAAAUAAGGAAGUAAUCAAGUCAUGUGGGCUCAUUCGCAACUUUACCUCAAAGUUUUGUAAGUGAGCUGAGUGAGAAUGGGCCUCAGAAAAACUCAAACCUAAAGCAGAAUGACGAAGAGCGAGCACCUCUAUCAACACCAAAGCAGCAGACCAAGGUGUCAACCCAGACGCCACUAGGACAGCUUGGGACAACACCAACGGUAGCCUCCGCCGCCACCACUCAAGAGUGAGCAACCUACGCCAAUCCCGAGGGAGAAGAGGACGCCGAGGACGCCGACCUCAAAAAUGAACAUUCCCUUAAGGUUAUUUCAUACAAUGUAUGUGGACUAAAAUCAAAGGUUAGUUGUAGUUCAUUUAAACAAUUAAUUAAUGAGUGUGAUAUUUUUAUUUUAAUAGAAACUUUUAUUACAGACAAUGAAAGAGAGUUUUUUGUUGACUUUUUCCAAGGGUUUAAGAUUAAGUUUGAAUUUGCUCACAGGGUACAUUGUUUUGGGAGAGCGAUAGGAGGGGUAAUAUUAGGAAUUAAUUUAAAAAGUAAAUUCGUAGAGCAACUUAGUUUUGGAGUACUAGAUAAUUUCAAUCUCAUCAAUGUUAAAAGGCUGCAUAACAGCAAAGAAUUGUCAAUCUUGCCUCUUUACCUUAAUUAUAAUUGUUGGGAAAAUGAUUUUCAGAGAGUGAACCAAUUUCUUACUGAUAAUCCACA